AUGGCUUUAGUUACCCCUCAAUACGAGGAGUGGCUUAGAGAAUCUGAUGCUGAGCGACCAUUGAUGGAACAGUCCGAGGAAGUCAAGAAAUUAAUGGCUAUCAUUGCGGCGAAGGACAGAGAAAAUGCACAAUUAAGGCAAUCUGUGGAAGUGAAUAAGGGUCUGGCAGAGAAGAAUAAAAGGCUAUGUAAGGAAAUGCAAGAAAGACACCAUGAGUUGAAAAGAAAGUGUGGCAAGUUGUAUGAUCAAGCUGAACACAUGCAGAAUCCCUAUUCCAGAGAGUCAAAAGACGCUGUAUUUUUCACAAUAGCUACCCGAAGAAGCCCCAUCAUCACCAGAUCUCGAAGUAGAGCCUUGAGACAGCCUGUAAAUAUGAGUUCUGUACCAGAAACUUCAGAAAGAUCUGCUAUGGUUACGUCACCGGACUUCACAGCAUUGGGAACUCAGUUAAGUGAGAGACCCCACCACCACAUUGCAGAGCCUUUUGUACUGGAUACGACAUCUCAAGGAAAAGUGGCGAUAGAAGAACAACUUACACCCAUUGACAAGGAUCUAUUGAGAAGGUUGGAUCGACUCGAUGAUUUUAUGAAAAAGAAUCAAGGGUUGAGCAAGCAUAGUGGGUUGGACUAUGAUGAUUUGUGUCUUUUCCCAAAUAUUCAGCUACCGUUGGGAUUCAAAACUCCCAAAUUCAGCAAGUAUGAUGGAACUGAAAAUCCUAAGACGCAUCUCAAAAUGUUUGCCAACAAGUUAGGUAAACCUGUGGAUGAUGAGAAUUUGCCUAUGCGUCUAUUUCCGAAAAGUUUGGAGGGAGAUGCUCUAGAUUGGUAUUGA